AUGUUCCAAAACUGUUCUUAUAUGUGUUAUUCCAAGUUCAUUGUAAUAUUAGUGAUUGCUUCUGUGUUGACAUCUAUACAAAGCUUAAUACAAGCACAUAUUUUGGAAUUCACAGUGGAACCAUCAGAUACAGUUGUAGAAUCAGGUCAAUCAACAGUCCUUGACUGUGUUGUAAGAGCUUCCCACCAUCAAUCCAGUGUACUUAUCCAGUGGUUGGAUCAGGAUGGAUCAAAACUGACUUUUAUUGGUGAUUCAUACAGAUCUCAACUUACCAAUGGAUCAUUAUAUAUUACUAGUGUGAUAGAGGAACAAAGAUUGACUGGCAAAUACCAAUGUAUUGCAACUUUGCCAAAUGUAGGAUCCAUAGUAAGCAGGAUAGCCAAACUGAGCAUAGCCAAUCUAGUGGGAUUUCAAGAAGAACCACGUGAUUUAAGUGUAUAUGUCAACCAACGUGCAUAUUUUGCUUGCCACGUCAUUGGAAAUCCAUCUCCGAAAAUUAGAUGGCUUAAAGAUGAAAGGCCCCUUAUUAUAGAUGAUGUAAGAAUGGCCAUAUUGCCUUCAGGUGCUCUGGAAAUUGACGAAGUUGUUGAAUCAGAUCAAGGAUCUUACAGAUGUAAUGCUUCUGGACUGAGCUCGUAUAAAUUGAGCAAUAAAGCUAUUUUGCACAUAAAUAGGGACCAAGAAGAAGCACUACAUGUAACGCCUCCUACUUUUAUUGCAAAACCUUUGCCAGGAACAUUUGUUGAAGGGCAAAACGUUUCUUUAGACUGUGCAGCUAAUAGUUUUCCAGUACCUACAAUUACUUGGUUGAAAGAUGGUUAUCCCAUCGAUAUGAACGACUUGGAUAGCCGGUUUAAACUGGUUGGCACGACGAACUCUUUAAGAAUAACAAAAAUCCAGGAGGGGGAUGGUGGUACAUACCAGUGUCGAGCUGAAAACCAUGAAGACAGUUUGGAUGCGUCUGCUUUAAUUCAUAUUCAAGUGCCUCCCAAAUUUUUAAAGAAACCGCAAGAUAAAAUUGAACAUCAUAAUAAUGAUGUUGAAUUGGAAUGUGCCGUGUAUGGUGUACCAGAGCCAGAAGUACAAUGGUUCAAAAAUGGGGAAUUGGUGAAAUAUUCCAAUUACUAUAAAUUAGUCAAUGGCUACAAUUUAAAAAUUAUGGGACUGAUCCCUUUAGACUCUGGCCUUUUUCAAUGUUUUGCAACAAAUCAAGCAGGGAAUAUUCAGGCUGUUGCUAGUUUGAAAGUUACAUCUGCUUCAGAGAGAAGGAAACCCAAGAAUCCACAUCCGAAGAAAGUUCCCUCGCAACAAUCCAUAUCCCUCUUUUCCUCUUUGAAGUCAGACUCUGGCGCUUCGCUCAGUGAUAUUGACUUCACGCACUUAUCUCCGAAAAACCCAGACACUCAUAAGUUCGAUCCACAUACCGCUUUUAAUUCCCUCAAAAGUAGUGAGUCGAACGAUACUAAUAUCAACCUAGGAGAUAUUCAAUAUGCUUUUACUCCUUCCCCCCAAAAACCCAUCGUAGCUGCCAAUUCGGAAAAAAAACUGGAAGACGGAUUGCCGGGACCACCUCGGGAUUUGAAGGCGCCAAUGGUAAAGGCCAGGUUCGUCAUUUUGAGCUGGAAACCCCCGUUGGAAAAUGGAGAAAACAUCCUAUCUUAUUCCAUCUAUUAUCGACAUGACGGCAGCGCCAGGGAACGACACCAAAAUACAAAUAGGUCAAAAUUGGAAGACCGCAUUGGUGGUCUUCAACCAGGAGGAGUAUAUCAUUUUAGAAUUGUUCCGAAUAAUGCGUUAGGACCAGGAGAAUCGUCAGAAACUUUAACGGUUACCCUUCAAUCCGAAGAACAUGUCCCUAGCUCUCCUCUAAACUUCAACGUAUACGCUACGAGCCCCAGAAAUAUUCACAUCAGUUGGCAACCGCCUGAGACUGCAAACGGACACAUUUCCAAGUAUACUAUAUAUUAUAUGGAGACAAGUUCUUCAAUAGAACACAACGUCGACGUGACGGACCUAAAUGACUUAAAUUAUGACCUAAAUGGGUUGGCACCAUUCACAGAAUACACUGUUUGGGUAGUUGCCCAAAACGAAAACGGAGCUGGAGGAGCGACUGAAGAAAAAAUGGUCAGGACUUUCAGCGCGCCACCAUCCGAAGCACCGAUUAAUAUUACUACCGAACCUUCCAGUAUGAGUAUUACAGUACGAUGGGAACCCCCUCCGCCAGAAAACCAAAACGGUGUCAUUUUAGGAUAUAAGAUAAAAUGGAGACGAGUUGGUAGGGGAAAGGCUCUGACUCAUACCACACAACCAAGCGAACGGCAUUACGUUAUUAACGAUUUGGAGAAAGGCGAACCAUAUCAAAUUCGAUUAUGGGCGAUGAACGUCAAUGGAAGUGGUCCUGGGUCCGAAUGGGUCGAAGUUGAAACUUUUGAAAAUGAAUUCGACGAGAAUAAUGUUCCCGAUAAACCUGAAAAAAUUAAAGUGCGUCCAACGUUUGAUAAAUUGUAUGUAAUGUGGUAUCCUCCACUCAAUCAAAAGACCAGGGUACGUCAUUAUUUGCUUGGUUGGGGUAAAGGAGUACCAGAUAUGUACUCCCAGGAAUUAGAUGAAAGAAAUAGGACGUACGUAAUAGACCGAUUGGAGCCCAACUCUGAGUAUGUACUCAGCUUGAGAGCUAGCAACCAAGUUGGUGCGGGUGCCCCCAUUUAUGUUCAAGUGAGAACUCAAGAUGAGCCACCUCCAGAGCCUGCUGUUACCCUAUACCCACCUAUGGGAUUGAAAGCGCAAGUUUUGAGUACUAGUUCAGUGGUUUUAUAUUGGACGGAUCCCACUUUGAAGCAGAGUCAAUACGUUGGAGACAACAGGUAUUACAUAGUUAAAAUCGACGACAAAACUGCGAAAAAACCUAGAUUUAUUAAUGUCACGGAUUUAAAUGUAAUGGUUGACGAGCUUAGACCUAAUACUCUUUAUGAAUUUUCUGUAAAACUUGUUAAAGGUCGAAAAGAGAGUUCAUGGAGUAUGGUUGCUCACAACCGAACCUGGGAACUACCAUUAAACGUAGCCCCUAGAGAAGUCGAUGCCCAUUUCAAAGACGAAGAAUCACAACUUGUUGAAUUGACGUGGCAACCGCCAAAGACUUAUAUGGGACGAAUCACCGGCUAUGUCAUUUUGUAUACGGAUAAUAAAAGUCUGUCGGAUACAGAAUGGAACGCAUCGGCAGUAAAGGGAGACACUCAUUCCAGCGUUUUGUAUAAUUUAAAACCAUUUACUCAGUACCACUUUAAAAUACAAGCCAGAAAUAGUAGAGGCUAUGGACCAUUCUCAGAAAUUGUUUCUUUUAGAACCGGACAAAGUGUAACAUCGUCUUCACCUCAAGGCCAGCAGUUAGAUACCAAAGGAGUCUUUUCUAAAGACAUACUUCUAUAUACAACUAUAGCUGGAUGUUUAUUAGCAGUUGUGACCAUAACUGGUGUUGUUAUUUUCAUUUGCUGCAGACGAACUGAUAAUAAUACUUCUCCAGACAGAACAAAACAGGGUUACCAAAAAGGAUCGAAGAAUGGUCAGAAUAUUCCACCCGACCUCUGGAUUCAUCACGAUCAGAUGGAACUAAAGGCUAUGGAGAAAAGACACUCACAAAACGACGGUGCUAGUAGCAGUGGAGCUAUGACGCUGCCAAGAAGUAUAGGUGGUAACGAUUAUGAUCAUCACGAGUCAGUAAAUACAAAUUCUUUGGAUAAAAGCACUUAUGUGCCAAAUUAUGUAUCUGACGAAGUACAUAGAAACUCCUUACGCUCGAAACCAAUUUCAUUUCCUGUGGAUAGCAAACCUCCCAGGGAACCCAUAGCAACCCCAAUAAAUACAGCGACCUUAAGUCAAUGUAGCACAGAUUCAACUCCUUCCAGCAGACAGCCCUAUGGCCGGUCUCAGUAUUCAUUGCCUUCAAGACCUCAGGUGCCUUUCGAUUCUACGAUGCCACAUACUCAAGCAACCGAAAAUGUGUAUAUUAGUCACCCGAUAGCGCACAGCGCACAAGAAGCCAAUACACCUCUCAGCUCAGGAUACAUUGGAACAUAUUGUGACUGUGAGACCUACAACCUCCCCUUUCAAGAAACCCUUGGCAGGAGGAAGUCCACCGGCGAACCCUGUGAUCUCAGCCUCUAG